AUGUCGACCAAUCUGCAAGGGAAAGUCAUCACCGUCACUGGUGCGGGCAGCGGAAUGGGGUUAGAGACGGCCCGGAUGCUCGCCGCCCGCGGCGCGAAGGUGUCCAUGGCCGACGUGCAGGAGAAGGCCCUCCUCGCAGCCGCCGACGACAUCAAGCGGGCCGGCGGGGACGUCAUGGCGCAGGUCGUCGACGUGCGGGACGAAAAGGCCGUCGACGACUGGGUCGACAAGACGGUCCGCAAGUACGGCAGGCUGGACGGGGCUGUCAACCUCGCCGGCGUCCUCCCCAAGACGUUCCACACGCACUCGACGGAGCUGCAGGUCACCGAGGACUGGGAUUUCGUCAUCGCCGUCAACCUCACGGGUGUCAUGUACUGCAUGAGGGCUCAGCUGAGGAACAUGAACGACGAGGGCAGCAUCGUGAAUGCGUCUAGCGUUGCCGGGCUCCAGGGUUUCGAGAACAAUGUGGCGUAUGGAGCGUCCAAGUUUGGGGUCGUUGGCAUUACAAAGUGCGCCGCCGCCGAAGUGGGACCAACCCGGAGCAUCAGGGUUAACUGUAUCGCGCCCGGAACUUUCAAUACCCCAAUGUACGCCCAGGUUAGGGAGGCUCGAGGGGGCGAGCCUAUGCCGACGAUCCAAAAGAUCAAGCGAGAAGGGCAGCCGUCGGAAAUCGCAUCCCUGGUAAGCUGGCUUCUGUGCGAUGAGUCAAAGUAUAUCACAGGCACGGUCCAGGUUAUUGAUGGCGGUUGGAUUUGUUGA